AUAAUUUGGUGUCCUCUCAGUGGUGACGGAAGCAGCGACGGUCCGAGAAGCAAAGUUUUACGAGUUCUUCUUUUCCACUUCUUUUAGUUUAAUGUUUAAAGACAGCAGCUUAUGUUAACAUGGGAUAAAACACGCUUUUCUUACACUUAAAAUAUCUAUGGAUUCUUGAGCCGUCGGAGGACUUUUCGUCUCUUAAAGUUACCGUGUUUAAUCGGACCCACUGACGGAGACAUCGAGUUCCUGAACUGCUAACUCUGAUAGCGGUUAGCGGCACUUGGAGAGCCAGAUUACUUCACCGCAGACAGCUAUCUGACAGCGACAGGCCUGAAGCUUCAAUUUUUUGUUUUUCGGUUUAUCCUGACACUUUGUUGUGACACUUUGACCGAGUGUUGGUGUUCAGAAACUUAAAAUAACUUUCCGGGUAAAAGUUAAAAGAAAAUGGAGCCUGAGAUCCGCCGCUAACAGAAACAGCAGUUCACUCUCCUUUAACCACCAGUACUUUUUUUUUUUUUUUUAAUCGAUUUUUGGUUAUUGAAGCAGUCGGCCAGGAUGCCCGCAGACUCCACGGUGAACUUUAACCUCCUCCACCGGACCUGUAAGCUGGUGGUGUUGCUCUGCUUCCUCCACAUCACCGUCACCUUCGUCUUCUAUGUCCGCUCUCUGGACAUGCGCUUCAACUUCGCCCAGAACCAGCAGUCCCAUCACAACUCCACCCAGAGGAACCAGGUCAGAAAACUCGAGUUUAACCCCAGAACCGAGCCAAAGCAGACCGAGACACUGAAGGAGCAGGCGGAGCAGAAACCCCCGGAGCCUGAGCAGGAGGAGAAGAAGGUGGAGGUGCCGACCAAGAAGCUGGAGAAAUGCCCCGAAACGUCCCCGCUGCUCGUGGGUCCUCUGAGGGUGGAGUUUAACACUCCAGUGAAUCUGGACAAGGUACAAGAGGAAAACCCUGAGGUGCAGCCAGGCGGACGCUUUAAACCCGAAGACUGCGAGGCGCUGCAGAAGGUGGCCAUCAUCAUCCCGUUCAGGAAACGAGACGAACACCUGAAAUUCUGGCUGCAUUACCUGCACCCCAUCCUGAAAAGGCAGCAGCUCGACUAUGGCGUCUACGUCAUUAACCAGGACUCUGUGCCCGAUGAAGUCCACCCAUCGCAGGAUGGGGAAGAAGUCUUUAAUCGGGCCAAACUGCUGAACAUUGGGUACACUGAGGCUCUGAAGGAGUACGACUACGAGUGCUUUGUGUUCAGCGACGUGGACCUGAUCCCCAUGGACGACCGCAACACCUACAAGUGCUUCAGCCAACCCCGACACCUGUCUGUGUCCAUGGACAAGUUCGGCUUCAGGUUACCUUAUAAUCAGUAUUUUGGGGGUGUGUCCUCGAUGAGUAAGGAUCAGUUUCUGAAGAUCAAUGGCUUCCCCAACAACUACUGGGGGUGGGGCGGUGAGGACGACGACAUCUACAACAGACUGGUGUCCAAAGGAAUGACGAUCUCCAGGCCGAGCGGGGAGGCAGGGAAAUGUCGGAUGAUUCGACACGAGAGAGACAAAAAGAACGAGCCCAAUCCUCAGAGGUUUAACCGGAUAAAACACACCAGAGACACGAUGUGGAAAGACGGGAUCAACUCUCUGUCGUACCGCGUGGUGAAGAUCGAGAAGCACAACCUUUUCACUAAGAUCACUGUGGAUGUGGGGAAACCAUGAUGAUGAGAGAGUGGACGGAGUCGACUGAGCGUAGACUGACAGUAAAAACCAAACGUGCCUUUGACACUUGAAACUUUAAGUUCGGAGUGAUCCGACCUGCUGGACAUCAGCUGGUUUUGUUUUUGCACAAACAGACGGACUGAACAUUUGUGAUUCCUCUGGCAGACUGAAUUCUCACCUCUGAUCGGACGAUGACUGUAACCAAUCAGCUGCUUGCACAAGUCUUUUAUUUUUAAAAUCACUCUCAGACAAUCAGGGCUGCUGAGUCACAUGGUCAGGGUUUACUGGUGGGGAAUUAUGGGCAAUGAUCAGGUGGGUUAAGAUCUGGUGAUUGAUAUAAAUAAUUUAAAUUUAGAAUAA